AUGAUUGCCCGUGCCUUCUACAUCCCCAAGGACGGCAAGGAUGGCGAGGACGCCAACUUCGUUGCCAACGGAUGGGGGGUAAUCGGGGUCGCCGAUGGGGUCGGCAUGUGGAAAGAGAGGGGAUCGACGCCGGGAUUUUCGCCCGGCAGCUCAUGAAGCAUUCCGCGGCACUGGUGAAGAGAUGGCCCUGCGGUCUCUCCAACCCCGUGGAGAUCCUCGAGGAGGCCUUGUCCAAGACCACCGCCAAGGGGACUUCCACCGCGUGCGUCCUCUCCCUCAAAGGGAAGGUAAUGAGACCUACCUGCCCACACAAAUCAUGCGGCUUCCGACCGACCCACCCCUUUCAUAUCUGCGGCUGACCUCCCGAUGCUCAGUGGCUACAUGCGGCCGUCCUCGGAGACAGCGGCUUCGCCGUCGUCAGAAACAAGGUGAUCUACCGGUCCCCUGACCAGCAGUCCGAAUUCAACGCGCCCUACCAACUGGGGAAGGCCAGCCCUACUUCUUGCUCGACCCUCGAUGCGCUGGUCUGAUUCUUCAAAUCGUAUCGUACAAGUAUUCGUGAACAUGUUGAGAAUAUCUCCCUCCGAUGGGAUGAGGGAUAAGGAUUUUGCUGAUUUUGGGUGGGUGGUCGACUGUAAAUUGCAGAGGAUCACAGUAGCGGUGAAGACAGGGGACCUGGUGGUUCUCGGCACUGACGGGCUCUUCGACAACAUGUACAACAAGGAGCUGGAGGGGGUGAUCGCCAGCAGCCUGAGGGACGGCCAGGAUAGCCCAGAAGGCCUGGCCCGCAACAUCGCUGAGGAGGCCCAUAAGCUCUCCCUGGAGGCAGGACGCGAGUCUCCCUUCUACCUGAAGUGCGUGGAGGAACACGGAAAGGAAAAGUGCCCCCCUGGGGGUAAGCGAGAUGACAUAACGGUGAUCGUGGCACGUGUUACCUGCACUUGUGGUUGA